UCGUCUUCUUCUUCUUCUUCAUCGACGAGUCGCCUACUGGUUUUCCCUGCAAUGGCCGUCUGACUUGCGAAAGAGUUCACUUUCUGAGCCGUCGAAGCAAGAAAAUGGCUCCAAAGGCGAAGCCUAAGCCCUCACCGUCCCCGUCGCAGCCUCCUCCCCCCCUCGAGGAUCUGUUCACGUCCCUCAGCAAGCACAUCCAGCGGUCCGAGUUCAAGCAGGCCGUCAGAGUAGCAGAUCAAGUUCUCGGAAUUGCCCCCGGAGACGAGGACGCGAUCAGAUGCAAGGUCGUGGCUUUGAUAAAGAGCGAUAGUAUCGAGGAUGCUCUGUCCGCAAUUCAGUCUGCUAAGAAUUUUCCAGUAGAUUUUAGCUUCUACAAGGCAUACUGCUUAUACAGACAAAACAAGUUAGAUGACGCAUUGGACUGUCUAAAAAGCCAAGAGAGAAGCACUUCAACAAUGCUGCUGGAAUCCCAGAUUCUAUAUCGGUUAGGAAAAAUGGAUGCUUGCGCCGAUAUCUACCAAAACCUUCUAAAGUCGAAGGUUGAAUCGUCAGAAAUAAAUGCCGUUGCCAGCUUGGUUGCAGCUGGGAGGGCCUCUGAAGUUCAAGGAACACUUGAUUCACUUAGAGUCAAAGCAACUAGCAGUUUUGAGUUGGCAUAUAACACUGCUUGUUCUUUGAUUGAAAGAGAGAAGUACUCAGAUGCGGAGCAACUGCUCUUAUCUGCACGCAGAAUUGGUCAGGAAACGCUGUUGGAUGAAAAUUUAGAACCUGAUGAAGUAGAGAUUGAACUUGCUCCUAUUGCUGUGCAGCUGGCAUACGUCCAGCAGCUCUUUGGACGCACUCAAGAGGCCAAUAAAGCCUAUACAGGAAUUAUUCAGCGGAAUCUAGCAGAUGAAUCAUCACUUGCAAUUGCAGUGAACAACCUCAUUUCUUUGAAAGGGUCGAAAGAUGUGAAUGAUGGUUUAAGAAAACUUGACCGCCUAAAAGACAAAGAUGCUCAGAGCUUCAAGCUUUCUCGCACGGUGGACUUGAAACUCUUGAGAAAGCAAAGGGAAGCAAUAUACACUAAUCGGGUGCUGUUACUUCUCCAUGCAAAUAAGAUGGAUCAGGCUCGAGAACUUGUAGCGGCACUUCCUGACAUGUUUCCUGAUAGUGUGAUGCCAGUACUGCUCCAAGCAGCAGUCCUCGUGAGAGAGAAUAAGGCGGGAAAGGCCGAGGAGCUUCUAGGUCAGUUUGCCGAGAAGUUCCCAGACAAGUCAAAGGUUGCUCUCCUCGCAAGGGCACAAGUUGCUGCAGCAGCUGGUCACCCUCUGGUAGCAGCGGAAUCUCUAUCUAAGAUUCCUGAGAUCCAACACAUGCCCGGAACUGUCUCGACUAUAGUGGCUCUCAAGGAACGAGCGGGUGAUAUUGAUGGAGCUUCUGCUGUUCUCGACUCAGCUAUUAAAUGGUGGUCUGAUGCAAUGACCGAGGACAACAAGAUUGGUCUUUUAAUGCAGGAAGCAGCUUCCUUCAAGGUUAGGCAUGGGAGGCAAGAGGAAGCUGCCAGACUCUUCGAAGAGCUUGUGAAGAGCCAUGGGAGUGUAGAGGCAAUAGUAGGACUUGUGACCACUGUUGCUCGUGUGGAUAUCGAGAAAGCCGAAGCUUAUGCGAAGAAGCUGAAGCCGUUGCCUGGGCUGAAGGGAGUGGACGUAAACAGUUUGGAGAAAACUUCUGGGGCGAAGCAGGAUGAAAGUUAUCCUCGAGUUGGGAUGGGUGAGGUGCAUGAGGAGAGCAAGAGUAAGGAGAAGGCUAAGAAGAAGAGGAAGAGGAAGCCGAGGUACCCCAAAGGGUUCGACCUGGCCAACCCAGGGCCACCACCGGACCCAGAGAGAUGGCUUCCCAAGAGGGAGAGGUCAAGUUACCGGCCGAAGAGGAAGGAUAAGAGGGCGGCCCAGGUCAGAGGCUCUCAAGGCGCAGUGGUCAGAGAUAAACAAGAGGCUGGGACUAAUUCAAGCGCAUCCAACUCGAAAUUAAGCCAAGCAGGCAGUUCCAAGGGGCCACAGAGUUCCACGGCGGAGCAACCCAAGCCUCCAUCAAAGUCGUCAAGAAAGAAAUCGAGGAACUGACCUGCGGGAUUUGGUAAUUUUGUUGACUAGUCCUUGAAAAGCAUUUAUUCCCACCGCUGUUGAGAUUUCGUUGUUAGGUUUUUGUAGACUUCUAAUUCGAUUUGCAGUUGCUUAACGAGCCUCUUUAUGGAGAAUGAUUUUUAUCCACUGGGUUGUUAAAGUCACUCCCAUGGAAGCACUUACAUUUUAUUUGAAGAAUGCGUUCUUUCUUUUUGACGGUGAGUCGAUUUAAUUUUAAAUCGACUUAUACCCUCGA